GUUUUAUUUUUCCCGGUGAAGGAGUUGGCCUGAAAGGGUCUGGUGCUUUUUGCAGUGAGACAUGUUGAACUGAGUGACGGUUGAGACAGCUGUAAGCCUGCAGCUGUAAGCCAGUUGAAGGUGUUCAUCAGGUGUUUUCUUUUUCCCGAAGGCAUGGGACUUUGGUCGUCGGAGGCUUUUUGGACUCCGGAACCGCAGCUCGGGCUCCACUGCGGACCGGCAGGGAAGUACGAACCAAAGAAUCAGUCGUGGACCAGCUUAAGCGCCCAGACUGCCAUGGCCCUGCCUCUCCGAUUGUUUGGAAGCGCCGGGAACGCUUAGAGAUGAUGGGAGUCCUGGAGCAGCUUAGCCCAAAGGCCCACCAGGAAGGGUCCACGGGCUUCUUCGGCGACCACACGGCGCCCAAGACGCCCAAGACGCCCAAGGCUCCCAAAACGCCCACGAGCCCCCAGAGUCCCCAGAGCGAGGAUGGCUUUAAUCUGAAGAUCUUCGAAUCUUUGCCUUCACCCAAAGAGAAGGAGAUAGAGGAGCGGCCCUGUGCAGCAGCUGACAGGCCAGUACUUCUGGGACGAUCCAUGGGACUCUAUCCAAAGAUGGCAGCUCCGCCCAGCACCAGUCCACCGGGACCGGCGGCGUCCACGCGCCGCGUUUGCUUUGAGCAAGAUGGGGAGAUGCUGGCUGUCAUGUCCCGCGAGGCACAUGCGGGCCGCCAAAGGCGUAUCCGCGAUAGGUUUGGUGCCUUCCGUGUAUGAGAGUGCGACGAUGGCCUAGAGCAUCGGAUCACAUGUUGCCAUGUGUUGCCAUUGAAGUGUGACACCUUUAUCCUUGGCUUUUGUUGUUCGGCGUGUCGACUGGCAUGAAGACAAUGCCGUCACCACACGCAUUCACGAAGCAAUUGGCGUUUGCAGUGUCACUUGAGAG